AUGAUUGCCGUUUCGCAGUUAACAUUCAAACUACUGGUGCUCUCAUGGAUUACGGCUCGAAGACAGUUAAUACACGACAAAUCUACUUCACGUGAGACGUGGGAUAAUAGUUAUGACUUUAUAGUGGUGGGCGCCGGGGCUGCCGGUGCUGUGGUGGCCAAUAAACUCAGUGAAUGCAAGUCAGUGCGGGUGCUAUUGCUUGAGGCAGGAGGUGCUCAAAGUGCUGUCUAUAACGACAUACCCGGGAUGGUUGACUACAUAUAUCCAAAUGGUAUCAAUUAUUGGAACUACUACUCCGAGUCAAGUCCUAACUUUGGACAGCAAUACCCCGGGGGGAGGAUGAAGGAGCCCAGGGGUAAGACAUUGGGUGGCAGUACAACACAUAAUGAUAUGAUCUAUAAUCGGGGUAAUCGGCGAGUCUAUGAUGAAUGGGCCAAUACGUACGGUGCUGUCGGUUGGAGUUAUAAGGAUUUGUUGCCAGUGUUUAAGAAAUGGGAGAAUAAUACCGAUCCGACUGUUGUCGAGAGUAAUCCCGGAUAUCACGGAACUCGUGGACCAAUACAAGUGUCAACGCCUAAAAGUCCUGAUAAAAUAUUUGAGACCUUGUUUGAAGUGUUUAAUGAUUUAGGAUAUAGUUAUACGGAUAUUAAUGGUGCAAAUCAAGGAGGCUAUAUGUUAACCCAACACUUCAUAACGGGACAGGGGUUUAGGUCGGGAACGGACCGGCACUACCGGCGCCCACAACCACGAAGUCAUAGGGAUAAGGGAGGAGAGGUCAGUAACAUUUAUUUGAAGUUUACAAAGGAUACGGUCGAAUUCGGCCUAAGCUGGCAACCGGGAUAUUAUGAUUGA